UUUACACCCAAAAUGCUGAUUAACUUCACAUCAAAGAGGAAUAUUAUCUCCUACAGGGGAUGCAUGACCCAGCUUUUCUUUUUCUGUGGUUUUGGUAUUUCUGAAUGUUAUAUGCUGACAUCAAUGGCCUAUGAUCGCUAUGUGGCCAUCUGUAGCCCACUCUUAUAUAAUGUUGCCAUGUCCCCCAAAGUGUGUUCCAUCCUUAUGCUUGGUUCAUAUUUGAUGGCAUUUUUGGGUGCCAUGGCUAACACAGGAUGCGUGCUGAGACUGACCUUCUGUGAUGCAAACACUGUCAACCAUUAUUUUUGUGACAUCCUCCCUCUUCUCCACCUCUCCUGCAGCAGCACAUAUGUGAAUGAGCUGGUGAUUUUCAUUUCGGUGGGCAUAGAUAUCAUUGUACCAAGUGUUACCAUCUUUGUCUCUUAUGGUUUCAUCCUGUCCAGCAUCCUGCGCAUCAGCUCCCCUGAGGGCAGGUCCAAAACCUUCAGCACCUGCAGUUCCCACAUAUUUGCUGUUUCUCUCUAUUUUGGAUCUGGUGCAUUUGCGUAUCUUCAACCAUCUUCUGUUGGGUCGAUGGGUGAGGGAAAAAUCUCUUCUGUCUUUUAUACCAAUGUGGUUCCCUUGAUGAACCCCUUCAUUUACAGCUUGAGGAACAAAGACGUUAAAUUUGCUCUGAGAAAAACCCGAAGUGGUAGAACAUUUUGA